CCCGGAGGGAUCCCUGAGCCAAACCGGCCGGGGCCGAGGCCGCUGGAGCCGCUCUGCAAGCGAACAUGGCAGCAGAAUGAGAAGGCUGGCGUCGCGUCUUGGCUGCUGCCGCCGCCGCCACCGCCGCGCUGCAGCUGGAGAUCCGCGCCCGGCACCCUUCGAGCCGCGUGUUUAGCCGGCCUCCUGGUGGCCUCUGGAUUAUUUCAUUCCGGGCUGAGAGCGGGAGAGAAAGAGGACCCGCAAUUGAGCCGGUCCGGGCACUGGCAGCGUGUAGAAGCUUGUGCGUGCCACUAGCCGGCUGCGGAAAAUACGCGGGAGAGAGCUAGACCCGGGCUGCGGGGGCGCGGGCGCGGGGAUGAGCCGACCAUGGAGCGGCCUUCACGGGGCGCACGGAGCUGGCCCGCGCUGCGACAGGGGUGCCGCCUGAGCCGGGGUUCCGCGGGGCUUCGGGGCCUCGGGUGCCCUGGGUGGGUCCGCGCCGCCGCCUCCGGGAAGGACAGAAGCCCCGCGUGGCGGACACUGCAGCAGUUGCUGUACUGAGGCGCCCCGAGUCUGCUCCGCCUGCGGCUGAGUGCGCUCUCGGCACCCGGGCGCCUUGCCCAGGGCACGGCGGCUGGCGCACCGCGACGAGCCGGGUGCUGGACUGUCUAGAGGGGUGUGCGCGUGUUGAACUGGAGAGGUGAACUAAAGCAGAACCAGGCGGACCGGAGCAGCCAUGCUUCCCGGGGUGGGCGUGUUCGGCACCAGCCUCACGGCCCGUGUCAUCAUCCCGCUGCUGAAAGACGAGGGCUUUGCGGUGAAGGCGUUGUGGGGCCGCACACAGGAGGAAGCGGAGGAGCUGGCCAAGGAAAUGAGCGUUCCCUUCUACACCAGUCGCAUUGACGAGGUGCUGCUGCAUCAGGACGUGGACUUAGUAUGCAUCAACCUGCCGCCGCCCCUCACCAAGCAGAUCGCUGUCAAAACCCUGGGCAUCGGCAAGAAUGUCAUCUGCGACCGCACCGCCACGCCACUGGACGCCUUCCGCAUGAUGUCGGCCGCGCACUACUACCCCAAGCUCAUGAGCAUCAUGGGCAACGUGCUGCGUUUCCUCCCGGCCUUCGUGCGCAUGAAGCAGCUCAUCGAGGAGGGCUACGUGGGCGAGCUGCUGGUGUGCGAGGUGCAAGUGCACAGCGGUAGCCUCCUGGGCAAGAAGUACAACUGGAGCUGCGACGACUUGAUGGGCGGCGGUGGCCUGCACUCAGUGGGCACCUACAUCAUCGACCUGCUCACCUUCCUCACCGGCCAGAAGGCGGUCAAGGUCCAUGGGCUGCUCAAGACCUUCGUGAAACAGACCGACCACAUCAAGGGCAUCCGCCAGAUCACCAGCGAUGACUUCUGCACCUUCCAGAUGGUACUGGAGGGCGGGGUGUGCUGCACUGUCACCCUCAACUUCAAUGUCCCCGGCGAGUUCAAGCAGGAUGUGACCGUGGUGGGUUCGGCCGGGCGCCUGCUGGCAGCAGGCACAGACCUGUACGGGCAGCGCAACAGCGCCGCGGAGCAGGAGCUGCUGCUGCAGGACGCCACGCCUGUCAGCAACUCCCUGCUGCCCGAGAAGGCCUUCAGCGACAUCCCCUCGCCCUACCUGCGUGGCACCAUCAAGAUGAUGCAGGCCGUGCGCCAGGCCUUCCAGGACCAGGAUGACCGGCGCACGUGGGACGGACGGCCUCUCACCAUGGCUGCCACCUUCGACGACUGCCUGUAUGCCCUCUGCGUAGUGGACACCAUCAAGAGGUCCAGCCAGACGGGCGAGUGGCAGAACAUUGCCAUCAUGACCGAGGAACCUGAGCUAAGCCCUGCCUACCUGAUCAGCGAAGCCAUGCGCCGGAGCAGGAUGUCCCUGUACUGUUAGCACAGACUGGGAGUAUAGGCCUUCUGCAUUGGGCCCAAGGAGGGGGAAAGGCACGGGAGAGAGGUGGCCUAGGAAGAGUGUGAGUUAGAGAGGUGGAGGGACAUGGGAAUAAUGGCAUCUGGGAAGGUGAACCCCAGCCCAGGUGAAGAGUUCCAAACAAGACUGUUGGGAGGCUGAGCGAAUAGCCAGAGGGCCUGCCUUUCCUGAGAUCAUCCCUGCUGGGCAUUUGCUCCAGAGGAAGGAGGUUCAGCUGCCUCUGCUGCUUUUUUCUGUGAGAAGCAAGGAGGGGUGGCUUUCUUCAUCAUCUCAUCCACUCCCCACACUUUGGCCUCCUUUGCAAGCCAAGUGCUCCUGUGAGGUCAAGGCUCCAUAUCUGAUAGCAAGUUUAAUUGGUGUAGGCUCCCUGCAACCCCUACACACAACUGGCAGGAGAUAGCACAUCCUCACAUAUCCACACAAGUCUUGUUAGUCUGGGGAAAGGUGGGGGUGCGGUGAGUUGAAGAGAAAGUUCAAAUUCCACGAAAGCCACCUUAAGCGUCUGAAGGAAAAAGUAUUUGGCAGCAAAGUGUACAGCUUUCUUGAUUGACUGGUCUUCCUCAUAGGAAGAACAAGUACUGUCUUCCUGAUAGGCUCACUGCCCUUUACCUGGCCUCAGGUGGGUUAAGGGAGUGCCAGGAAUGGCCAGCAGAGAGAUGGGUUCUUUCAGCCAAAGAGGGAGAGCAAGAAAACAGAUGAGGCAAAGAAUAAAAUAUCCUUUUGAAUUAUAAAACUAUAAUGAGCCACCUUAUAACACUACCUGUGGAGUAGAAUUGAGUGUAAGAGGAAUCCUGUACUGAAGUGUUGUCCUUUCAACUGGCUUUCUAGGCAGGGCCAUGGAGACAGCAGGAGAUGUGGGUCUGACUACAAGCUCAUAUGCUACCCUCAAGAACUGGGAACAGCUGUGUGCCCCAGUGUUGCAGUGGGUGUUCUCCAGCAGAAGGGACAGUGAGCCAGCCCUGGACUUGCUUCAUGCUCAAACACCCAUCUCUCCUACUGAGCUGGGGAAUGGCUUUUAGAAGAGUCACCCAGCUUGUGGAUUUAAAAGGGAAGUCUUCAGUUAUAACUCAUAUAAUUCUCUUCCCUUAAAAAAAAAUCAAGGUUCUUUUUCCUUUGCUUUCACUAUUCUAAUACCCCCACCCAAAUUUUAAUAGGUAUUAAAACAAAAAGGCAACAAAGAGCAUAAUAUUCAGUGUUUCUAAAAUGGGGUUUUAGAUCUCUCUCAGGUGUACCUUCAUGUAGGGUUGAGAAGCUAAUGUUGAAAAAAACAUUCUAUUCCUUGGGCUCCUUUCUCUCUUGUCUUGUCACCCUCUGCUUACAGAGCUUUUAUUGGAGCUGGCAGACUGCAGGCUCAGAGCAGGCAGUGCCAGAAGGGAACAACCUAGGGCACAAACACACACAAGGGUUUGUAAAUGCUCACUACCACCAAAUGUCACUAAGAUCGCUCUUAAAAAUUCAGACCUUGUCUUGAAAGACAGACCAAGUCAAAUGCAUUUUGAAAACAGGGAAUUGUCCUUUUGUUAUUUUUGCUUAGUCCUUCAUUCUACAGAAGACAUUUGUCAGGGUUGGAUGUGGAGACUAGUACUUGUAAAUCAACAGCUUCACAGCUCACAGAAAUACAGCAGUUGUCUUUGGCACGCAACUGAGGUUUAGACUGCUUUUCAAAUAACUGGCAGUAGAACUUGAAGAAAAUUUCAGGGGCCAAGAGUCCUUCACUCCUCUACACGCCCCCUGGCUCUGAGUAAGCAGACACUGAAAAUGAAUGGAACCAUCAGUUGUGUCCUCCAUUCUCCUCCCAGAGUCAGUGCACAAUGGAGCCCAGGCUGCCUGGGAGUGCAGUGUAGGCAUGUCCAAACGUCAUGGGAAUCGUGGUCAUUUUCUAGCACAGAGGAGCAAGGCUUGCCUUCCUGGAAACAAUCACCCUAUUUCCUGGGGCCUUUACUACAACAUGGUAUGGUUAGUGGGCUGAAACUCUCUGUGGUAUGUUAAUGGUCCCUGUCUGUUUUCAGACUUCAUGAUGAAAUGCCAGCUUUUGUAGCUAUCAGUUCAAAACUAGAAAUUUGGUAAAAUGGAAGUCUCCCAGUAAUAAUUUGAGCAGAGGGCCAUACCAUGGACUGUUUUGGUUUAGGUUCUCCUAAAUUGCCCUCAGGAUAGCUUUUGUGGAAACUUUAGUGGAAUGAUUUUUUUUUUUUUUUUUUCCUAGCUAGCCUGAAAGGCUGUGGUUAAGGAAAAAAGGACAGGAAACUAGAAGACUCUCUGGUCUCAUUUUUCUAAGUUGUUCAUAAUCUAAGUAGGGAAUUUAGGGGGGGUUUCAAUUUGACGUUUCUAUAUUUAACCAAAAUACUUGGGAGGAUUUUAUUUCUUCCAAAGGCCUCUGAGCUCUGUGAUAGUCAGUGUCUAAAACAGAAAUUCUUAUUGGAGGCUGGGAUAUAUAGAAAGAAUAUAUGUUGUUUAAAAGAAGCAUGAGAAAUAUUUUAGUAAGUGUAUUCAAAUAUUAGCUAUUGAAAUGCAUGUAAUAGGUAGAUGCAGGAAUGAGGGGAAGACUGAGAUCGUUCUUUUUUUAAUACGAAAAUGAUAGCCAAUGGGUUUAAGAUACUUCUUUAGUACUCCUUUUGUUCCUGUCUCACCACAUGCAAAGACUUGAUUGAGAGCUGCAAUAUUUAGCUGAAAUCUCAAAAUCAUGCCCUCAGGGGUCUGGGUACCAUCAGCUGACUUUGACCUAGAAUAAGUCUCAGCAAUAAUCAAGCUCUCUCUGCUUUGUUUAUUGUGUUUCAAGGACCCAAUAUAAUGGAGGCAUCACUUCAGAGUCAUCACAUCUAGUUCCCUUUGACUGAUUUCUUACCAUCCUUGUUUGGAUGAAAAUUUUGGCUCAUGCUGCUGGACACCUCUACAGCUGUCCCAAAUUCUGAAUUCUGAGAGAGUGGGUAGGCCAGGAGUUCUUACAGUGGCAUCCACAGUGUUUGGGCAUGCUCUGGGCUUAUUUGGAAAGUUUAUAUUCCCUGCAUUUUCUUCUGGAAAGAGAGUCCAUGACCACUGUCAGUUUCUCCACAAUUUCUCCUUUCAAUGAGAGGCAUGGCAGGGGACUACAGAUACUCCUUAACCUACCUGGCAGCAGAUACCUCUGUGUCAGGUGUAUCUGAACUCUAGCAGCGGUCUUGGCCAAUUCUUACUCAAGAUGAACUUCUCCCAGAGCCUUCUCCCUUUGCAAAGAGCCAUCCAAGUACUCUUUGCUCCAGCAUUUCUUGAUAUCCACUGUGUGCAAGGUAUUUUCAGUACAUUACCUCAUUCAAUCCAUGAAAAACAACCCCAUCAUAUUAAAUAUUGUUAUUCCCAAUUUACACAUGAGAAAAUCGAGGCUCUGAGUAGAAAAAGAAGUUGCUCAGUCACACAACUAUUAAGCAGAAGUGGGGUGUCCUGAAUCUGAACCACAUUGCCUCCAAGAAGAAAGAUUUGUUCCUCGGUAUUUUUUUCAGGCAGGAAAGUAGUCCUUGUCCAACACUGUCAGAUCUGCUCUCAUGCCCUGUGGAGCAUCUGUGAUUAGAGCUGAAUGUGACCUGCAUGGGCCUCCCCUCUACUGCUGUGACACCCUCCUGUUGAGCAGGAUGCCACAUCUGAUGUUCUGCCAGAAGGUUGUUUAGAGCUGCAAAUGGAAGUAGUCAAUUUUUCCUCCCCUUCUAAGAUGGAAAUAUCACUCAACUUCUUUUAAAAUCGACUUCCUAACUUACCGUUGAUUGUAGGUAAUGCAGCAAACUGCAGAGUUGGGGAUUUUUAAAACGUCAUUGGCCGAUUAUGAUAGAUGGCCUUGGCGUUUCCUCUCAGCGGUCUGAGUAUAACGUAGGAAAAUGUCUUUUCUCAGGGAGUGGAGCUUUUUUAAGUUCAUGUGUUUGUGACUCAGAUUUUAGCUGUAUAUUGCAUUCGUUCCUUUAUACUCUCUUUACUCUCUUCAUCUUGUCUCAUAGCCACAGUUGUUGCAUUUGACCUGUGGUCAUAAAUUAGGUUUCUGAUUCCAUCUGUUUUACUCUGGUGGGUAUGGGGCAUUCAGCAUUACUGAUGCUAUCCUGGGGAGAAAGUAAAUCCAGUUGCAUCUGAAGAGACUUCAGAACCCAAUAUGGUCAGUUCCUUUAUUUUACAAGAAGUUAAGUGAUGGCCAAGGUCACACUGCUUCUUAGUGGUAGAGCCAGGCUGGAAGCCCAGUUUCUGACUCUAAGUCACAUCCUGCCUCACACAGCACCUUCAGAUCUCUCAGAUUGGGAGAGGGAGGCUCAGAGAGGUAAAAAAAACUUGUCCGAGGUCCCAUGGCUAGUUGGUGGAAGAGUCGCAAUUAGAACUCAAUCUGCAACGGACUGUAUUUCCUGAGCUGUUGCAGCUGAAUCAAUUUUCCAGGAACUCACUUAUGUCUUGAAUGUACUCAUAAAACUAGCAGUUUAAAAUGUCCCAUUGUGAUUGUAAUGUGAAGUUAUCUCUAAUUUGUAUUGUAUUUGGCGAGGAUGGGACAUAAUUUCAGAUGUGUACCUUCGGUGUGUCCUGAGACCUGCUCUACUUAUACUCCCCCUACACCUCUUCUAGAUACAGAUCUAGCUUAAGACUCCUGUUCCACCUAUCGCUGACUUUUUUGGGGCCAAUCAAAGCCCUGAAGUUUACCAGGCAGAGGCCAUGACAUUGGGGAGCUCAUUAAAAAAUCAACUAUCAGAGCCCUGCAUUUCAGUUCUUUUUUGGGGACAGGAAGGAGCACAAUGAAGGAAAAGCUGUGCACUUCAGUCUUAACCGGCAGCCAGCAUCCCUAACCCUAGGCAGAAGAGGGGGCAGAUGGGGGUGUUCCAUUUCAGGGGACAGUCCUGACUUCAUUGGGCUGCCAGGACUUCUCACAAGAGGAGGGAAGACUCCUGUGCUGCUUUAAGAGGUGAUGGGCUCUAGCGGUCUCAUUGGAGUCUGGAGGUGAGGCCAGUACCGUAUCUGAGUGACCAUAUCAGUUGGCAGUGUAAGAUGGUGGCCUACUGACCUUUUCCUUCUCCACGUCACAGUCUCUAUUUGCUGGAGCCCUUGGGAGGGCUACUGAAGUGUCUGGCUCUCAGGCUAUUCAAGCGUUGCACUACUGAAUACUCCUGAAUCUGUUGUACCUGUUUCUGUUUACACCAGCAGUGAGUAGAGGAAUGACAAGACCACUUUAUAUGUCAUGGUCGUAGGCUUAGUGUGGCAAUCAAAAGCUUACCUGGGCAGGUGGCCAGGGCCUACAGAAUAACCAUGGCGUCACAUUGUCUCUGUCUCUCUCUCUUUCCUUACCCAGCCUUCUGUUGUCCUCUGCAGCCAUCACAAGGGCUAAGCUGUCAGAUGAGCCGCUUGGUUUCUCCUUAUGAAUGCAAUGACUUACUUGUGAUUCUAGUCUAAUUCCAGGUAGAGAAACAAAACAAAAGCAAGUGACUUGACCAGCUCCAUUGCUCCCCUCCUUCUCUUUCAGGCAUCCAAAUGCAUUUAGUAUUCUGUCCCUGUGCCUUGCCCAGGGGAAGGAGAAGUUUCUAGCAAUUAUGGCUUUCUGUUUGUUGCCUGGUGCUUUUACAGUACUUCAUUUUUUUUUUUAAACCAAAAUUGCAUUUGUUUGGUUGUCAUUGUCAAAUAUAUAUUUAUUGUGUUUUACAAAUAUGAGUAUAUAAAUGUAUGUAUAUGUAUAAAACCAAACUUAUGUAUAAAAAGUCAAGGCAUGUAUACUAGAUAUUUUAAAGAAUUAUUUAUCAAGGGAAAAAGAUCUGUGUUAUAAAGUAAAAAGAGUCUAUAUUUUCUAUAUAAUGUAGAUAGCAAAAAAUAGCUUAUAAAUUAUAGAAGGUUUUGGUUUUUUUAUCAUUAAAGAAAAAAAAGGACAAUGAAUGCAGCUGUUCUUCAUGUUUCAAAGGCCAAACUCCUGUGGGAGGCGGCCUUCCCUACUGGGCUCACGGCCGUGCAGUCUGUGCUCCAGGCCUGGGAGCCGAUGCCCAGUGCCACCCCUGCGAUGUUCGUGCGCCGUGGUUGGCAUCACUCAACCAGCUGGCAUGUGCCACUUCACACAUGGCUUCUUGCUGUUCUCCACAGUUUGCAUUGGUGGGAUAAAGGAAUGAGAGUAGUAAAUAAAAAUUGAAGAGAAGAAACGA